AUGAUCGCCGACAAGCGGGCCAAGGAGGGCGCGGCGCUGCAGGCGGCAUCGGACGAGGGCGUCGUGUUGCUGGAGGGCCUGCUGGCGAAGGCCCGAGAGGCGGCCCGCUUCGCGGCAGAGAUGGAGGACCACAUCACGGAUCAGGGUGUCCGCGAGUGUUGGCCGACGGAGGCGCUGGACGACAUCGACCUCGGCGACCGGGGUGAGAUCCAGGUCGGGACGGCGGAGGCCAGCACGGCGGGCAGCGGCGUUGGGCCGGCGGCGGCUGCGGGGGCAGCGGCGCUGGUGACGGCGACGGCAUCCAGCUCGGCCCCCAGCGCCGCCUGCGCCCCUUCGGCCCCGAAAGGAAGGGUCAGCGGUCCUCCUUCCCCGUGCUCGGGCCAAGCUGGCGGCCGAGGCGCGGCGUUCCGCAAGAGGCCUGCUGCGGCCCCGCAGGCCAGCGCUCCGGCGGACCAGCUGGCCCCAGUGGGCGAGUCUGCAGGUGAUACCAUGCGUCGCGUCGCUCGCAGACUGCAGCAGGAGCGGGGGCAGGCGAGAGCGACGGCAGCGCAGAUCACCGAGACCCAGCCUGCGGCGAUCCAGGUCCCGCAGGGUGUGGCGGCGGCGGCGCCGCCUGCGCCUGCGAGCAGCCGCGGGGGGCCGCGGGCGGUCCACGGGCAUCAGCUCAUGGAGGGGCUGGUGCUCAGUCAGGCCGCUGAGCCCUUCUUCAUCUGCGCGGUGUGCUACAUGUACGCCCGAGCCCCCAGGAUGGCCUGGAAGGGGCUUCGCGGGAAGUGCAGCGAGGCGGUGCAGCGGGUCAGGGCGGGCUCGCGGGCCCAAGCUCGGCACGACCUGGGCAAGAGGCGGUAG